AAGGCGGGGCAGCGCAUGCGCGUUCCUGCAGCCUAGACGGGAACUGUGGAGUGCGCGUCCCCGAGUGUCUGCGCAGCCGCUGCCGCCGCCGCUGUGCCGUCUGUGUCUGUGUGUGCAGGGGGGGGAAGAUGGGUGACGGGCCCACGCCCCAUUAACGUUCACAGUGUUACCAGUAAACCCUCAUAAGCCCGAGCGUGUGUGUACAGUCUUCUAGACUGGGGCCUUCCCCCGAUCACCGUGCCCCGGUACCGCGCCCGCCGGUGGACGGGUUACUGUUGUCAGCGGCCCUCUCGCGUCCACACCCCACUCACACACGGCAUUGAUGGUAAUGUAUGCAAGGAAACAAGCGAGACUCAGUGAUGGCUGUCACGACCGAAGGGACUCCCAACCCUACCAGGCUCUUAAAUAUUCAAAGGGUCACCCAAGUAGCGGUGAUCACCGUCAUGACAAGAUGCGAGAUUCUACAGACCCGUCUCCCCCAAAUAAAAUGCGUAGAUCAGAUAGCCCUGAGAAAUAUGCUGACGGUGUUGGACAUGGCAAAGCCAAAAGUGUGCACGUUCACAGGGUGCGGGAGAGGGAUGGAGGGACCAGUUUUUCUCCACAAGAAAAUUCACAUAACCACAGUGCUCUUCAUAGCUCAAAUUCACAUUCUUCUACUCCAAGCAAGACGAGUGAUUCUACAUAUGAUCCUGCAGAUGACUGGUCUGAACAUAUCAGCUCUUCUGGUAAGAAGUACUAUUACAAUUGCCGAACAGAAGUGUCUCAGUGGGAGAAGCCAAAAGAGUGGCUGGAGAGAGAGCAGCGCCAAAAGGAUUCAACCAAAGUGGCAAUUAAUAGUUUCCCCAAAGACAGAGACUAUAGAAGAGAAGCCAUGCAAGCCACAGCUACAGUUGACGAGAAACAUUCCAAUGACGCAAGCAGCAUGCUUCCACAGAAUAUCUUGUCGCAGACAAGCCGGCACAAUGAUAGAGACUACAGACUCCCCAGAACAGAGACUCACAGUAGUGCAGCCCCGGUGCAGCACACAAUUAAACCGGUGGUUCACCCUUCCGCUGCCCCAAGCACUGUUCCUUCUAGUACUUUUACAGUACAGCCUGACCACCCUCCUCCAAAAAAGUCAUUUGACGCAAAUGGAGCAGCAGCUUUAUCGAAACUGCCUAUCCCUACAGCUUCCAUCCCAGCACAAAAAUCGGACAGAAAAGACUCAUCAUCUGCUGAGAAACCAUCCUGUACUACUCCCUCUACAUCAUCUGCCCCUGGACUAAAUCCCUCUUCCGGGCCUCCCGCCGCCUCCUCCUCCUCCUCCUCCUCUUCUACAGUCCCCGUGUCACCGGUGUCACAAUCACCAAUUUCUUCACUAUUGCAGGACCCCAAUCUCCUGCGACAGCUGCUUCCUGCCUUGCAAGCCACUCUACAGAUUAACAAUUCUAAUGUGGAUAUCUCCAAAAUUAAUGAAGUCCUUACAGCUGCUGUGACACAAGCUUCUUUACAGUCUAUACUUCACAAGAUCAUCACUGCUGGGCCCUCCGCUUUCAACAUCACAUCGCUAAUUUCCCAAGUUGCACAGCUGUCUGCACAAGCCACACAGUCUAAUCAGUCUCCUAUGUCUCUGACAUCUGAUGCCUCUUCACCGAGAUCAUACGUAUCUCCCCGCAUCAGCACACCGCAGACGAACACCGUUCCUCACAAACCCCUGAUAAAUACAACGUCUGGAUCUUCACAGCCAAAGGCCAAUACCACGGUUGGUGCAAAGCAAGGACCAUCUACACAGACUGUACCUCAGCAGACUGUGACUGCUGACAAGCCCCAAGGACAUGAACCCAGCUCCCCCCGAAACCUUCAGCGACAAAGUAGUCAGAGAAGCCCGUCUCCCAGUCCAAACCAUACCUCCAGCACUUGUGCAUCCAGCACAUCAUCGGUCUCACAGAGCACGUCUGCACGAUCGUCCUCGUGUUCACUGACGCCAACGCUAGCUGCCUACUUCAAUGAAAACCUUUUAAAGCAUGUCCAAGGCUGGCCUGCAGAUCAUGCAGAGAAGCAGGCUGCGCGGUUGCGUGAAGAAGCUCACAACAUGGGGAGCAUUCACAUGUCCGAAAUUUGUACAGAGUUGAAAAAUUUAAGGUCUUUAGUUCGAGUAUGUGAAAUUCAAGCAACUUUGCGCGAGCAGAGGAUACUGUUUUUGAGACAGCAAAUUAAAGAACUUGAAAAACUUAAAAAUCAGAAUUCCUUCAUGAUGUGAAGAGUUGUCUUGCACGUGGACUUGGGACUGUAAAGCGGAGCGAGCCCGGUCUCAACACUUUUGAGCUGCAGACGAGUAGACUUUGGACCGUUGAGCCGGGCAGUGGACACUUCAGGGGGAGCGGGACUGGAGGGAGUGUCAAUUCAGGGGGCAAAUACAAGUGUGAUUUGUAUAAAAGAAAAACAAACAAAAAAAAGAAAAACCCCUUGAAAUGUAGAUUUCUUGUAGAUGUAUCCUUCACGUUGUAAAUAUGUUUUGUAGAUUGAAGCCAUGGGAUGCCCAUGUGUAUCAGAGCUUUGACAUCCAAAACUAAUCAAUGCAGAGGUGGUAAACAACCCUAGCCUUUUUCAUGUAAGCUUGUCUGCUAAAUUAGCCGUUACUAUAUAUAUAUAUAUUUUAUUUUUUUUUCUCGUUAAUUUAUCAUUCAGAAAUCUUGCUCCCCCCCUCAGAAGUUAGAUAACCAUCACCAAGCAAAAACGUAUCUGUGUCUGAAGUAAUCUCCAACAGUUUGGGCAGUGUACAAAACAUUUGUGCUAGAUGUCAUACUCUCACCCCGGCCUUGUUUGAGAACAGUGCUUCAUUACUUUGUGUGUAUAUAUUUUUUUUAUUUUUAUUUUUUUUUCUGCAAGGAAAUAUAUUCCUGGAAGUGUUCCUCCUCCCAAUUUCUAGAUGAAUUUUUCAUCCGUUUUCUCCUUAACGCACUGUAGCUUUGGCACUUUUUUUUUUUUUUUUUCCUUCCAUGUAUUUUUUUUUUUCCAUUCCGGUGUACAGUAAGCGUAAUAUUGCAGUGAUUGAUCGACAGACCCACCCGCUUGUAUAAAUUAUUGAACUUCUCUCCACAUGCAGCCUACGAUUACUGCCGAGCCAGACCCGCGUCCUGUGCUUUACAUGUACAGUGCGCGCUCAGUCAUACAAUAUACAAAAAAAUUUAUUUUAAUUUUUUUUAUUUCAAAUUAUUUUGUUUAUUUUUUUGCCCCUUUGGAAAUAAAUAAAUAAAUAAAACUUCAAAUGUUUGUGUGGGGGAACAGAGGAAAACAAGCUAGUCAGAUGUGAACUGUAUCUGUUGUAAUAAACCUGUUUAAAGAGA